AUGAGCCAACAGCAGAAGGAGGCUAUUGCCGCACAAGAAAUGCCUCUCUCGGAUGGCGAAGAAGAAAUAACAACGAGGACGGAAACAAUGAGCAACAGUGCCUACAACAACAACAACAAUACUUCCACAAAUGGCAGCGUUGGAGAUCAAAAAUCAAAGCAACAAAAGAAAAAGAAUAAAAAGAGGAAACGAAAAAAGACAAUCAUAUUACCACCUGGAUUAAAGCAAUAUGAGAGAGGAAAUCAAGUGCCAAACAGUGUUGAUGAUCAACAGGAAGAUGUUUUUGUUCAAAGAGAUGUAAUUAAAGAACUUGAAUCAAAAUCAUCGGGUUCCGAUUUUCUCAAUGAGUUUAAACGUAUUUUCGAACGAUUUGGAGCAACGAAGGAUUUUAUUAAUUCUAAGCCCGCACCAGAGGAAGCUGAGGAACCUCCUAAGAAAGAAAAAGAUUUGUUUGAAUUGAGUAGUGAGGAAGAAGAAACUCAACAAGAUCAAGAGGCCGAAGAAGAUGACGAAAAUGAAGCCGAUUACGAUCCAGUUUCUCUCAUUGCCAACAAGCGUGGUAAAAACAAGAACAAACUCAAGAAAAAGAAGAAACGUAAAUAUAAGUUCACGGUUUCUCAACUAAAGCAAUUGGCAAGAAAACCAGAUGUAGUGGAUGUUCAUGAUAUCACUGCUCCCGAUCCUGAACUGCUGGUGUACUUGAAAUCUUAUAGAAACUCUGUUCCUGUUCCAUCUCAUUGGCUCCAAAAGAGAAAAUAUCUUCAAGGUAAAAGAGGAUAUGUAAAACCACCUUUCAAACUUCCAGACUUUAUUGCAAAAACUGGAAUUACAAAGAUGAGAGAGGCGUAUCAAGAAAAAGAAAAAGAAAAAUCCAUUAAACAAAAGAUGAGAGAAAGAGUCAGACCAAAACUAGGAAAAAUGGAUAUUGACUAUCAAGUACUAAGAGAUGCUUUUUACAAGCAUCAAACAAAACCAGAAAAUAUCACUAUUCAUGGAGAUUUGUAUUAUGAGGGCAAGGAAUUUGAACAACGUAGAAAAUAUAUCAACAAAUAUAAGCCUGGAAAACCACUUUCUGAGAAAUUGAGACUUGCAUUGGGUAUGCCAGUAAAUGCACCGCCUCCAUGGCUCAUUAAGAUGCAGGAACAUGGACCGCCUCCAUCAUAUCCCAAUUUAAGAAUACCGGGUUUGAAUGCACCAAUUCCUGAAGGAGCUAGUUAUGGUUAUCAUCCGGGUGGAUGGGGACGAUUACCUGUCGAUCACAUGAACAGACCUCUCUAUAACAAGUUCUUCGGUGCCAAUUCUGUUGAGCCUGAGGAUAAACAGGAUGAAUCUAAAUCGAAAUCAUUAUGGGGAGAAGAUGUCAUCGAUGACAUGCAAGAAGAGGAGCCAGAAGAAGAACCUGCUGAAGAAAUUAGAGAAGGAGUUGACUCUGAUGAAGAAAUACAAGCAGCAGUGACGGAAAAAGAGGAAGAAGAGGAAGAACCUAGCUCUAUUAUAUCUGUGAGUGGACUUGUGACACCCAAGCCCAUAGAUUAUCCACAAAAAUCCAUCACUCCUGUUGCGGCAGCUCCUCUGAAGACUCCUGAUGCAAUCAAUUUAAGAAAAGAUGCGAGGAAAACAAACGAUACAGAACCAAAGUUGUUGUACAGAGUGCUGGAAGAAGAAAAAAGAGAAAUUGGAGCCAAUGAAUAUAUGGGCUCAUCUACCAAAUACAAAAUACCACCAACCACUGGUGGAUCAAACAUGCCACCACCAAUCCAAGAGUCGGCAGAUGACAAGAAACGAAAACGGAAAGAAGGCUCGGGAUCUCAAAAGAAGUUUAAGUUUUAA